AUGGAGCCUAAACCCCCCAAUGAUGGAUCUCGCCCCAUGUUCGUGAGCAAGCGUGUCAUGGGAGCUCACGACUCCUUGGAGCAGGUCAUCGUAACCGACAACCCCAUCACUGCCAGCCGACCCCUCCCCGUUCCGGUCCGAGAAGCCCAUGCUGUGGAAAGGCCCCGCACGCCGACUGGAAAGUCAUCAAUCCACUGGGAUGAUGGCGUCGAUCCGGUCGUCUUACCCCGUGCCUUCAAGACCCCUCGCGGCUACAUGAGCCCUUUUGUCGACCAGAACGGCAGCCCCAUCCAGCGCAGCCUCCGUCGUGCGAUCCCCCCCGUGGAAAGUACCAGGGCCUCCCUGGUCGAGGGACCUCUCGCAGGCAACGAUGUUCCUCCCAACUAUGAGAGAUUCUACCAAGAGCUCCGGGCUGAGAACCCGUACCCGAACCCUCAGUUCCGCCCCGUCGGCCGACCCCUCGGCCCUCGUCCCAUGCACAAGCGCAGCGAGUACGACGGCAGCUUCAGCAGCCCCGAUCUUGCUAGCGCCGCCGACCACAACGAGCCCAACGUCAGCUCUGCCGGUCCCAAGCUUCGGGGUAAGCGUUCCCGCGAUGCCAUGCAGCGCACCAAUACCAUGGCUGGUCGCGAUGCUGCUCGGGAGCGUGAAAUCCGCGAAGCCCAUCACAGACAAGCCCUGGAGGAGGAUGUCAAUGACGGUGGUUCGUCCGGAGACGACAGCGACGGUGAUUCGACUCCCAAGGCUUCCAUCCUCAACAAACAUUUGUACAACCAGAAGGUCGUCCUUGACUCCAUGGACCUGGAUAGGGUCCAGUAG